CUUGGGAAAUGAAACAAGACUCAGUGAUGCGAAUGCAAUGUUUGGAUGUGAUUAAACUUGUUCAGAGUCAGUGUUGGUUUGAACAGAGGGUGUGCUCUGACUGUUGUGCUACAAAAAAGUCUCCUCACUUGCCAAAAUAUCAGACAGCUGAGGAAAGACACUUUGCACAGAGAGUACACUACAUUAAGAGAUGUUGAAAAGAAAAACUUGGAUCCCAGGUUUGACCCUGCUUGUGCUGGUUGCAUUAUUUGGUGACUGUGCUCACUGCCAAAAUCAACACAAAGCACAUCGGGAAGACCUGAGACUCGUUCUAGUCGGAAAGACAGGAUCAGGAAAGAGUGCUUCUGGAAACACCAUCCUGGAAAGAGAAAAUGCCUUUAAAGAGGAGAUGUCACCUGAAUCUGUGACUAAAGGCUGUCACAGAGAAGAGGUAAGGGAUGGCGGCAGGAAGAUUGUUGUCAUCGACAGCCCAGGUUUGUUUGACACAAACAAAACCCAAAAAGAAGUCAAAGUGAAAAUUGAGGAGUGUAUUAAGAAGUCAGUUCCUGGGCCGCAUGCUUUUCUGUUAGUGAUCAGUCUGAAGUCAAGAUUCACUGAUGAGGAGAAGGCAGCUGUGAAGUGGAUUCAAGACAACUUCGGCUCAGACGCUUCCAUGUAUACGAUUGUCCUGUUUACACAUGCUGACCUGCUAGAUGGUAAAUCUGUGGAGGACUAUGUGUCAGAGAGCAAACAUCUACUAAGACUGAAAAACAACUGUGGAGGACGAUACCAUUCACUCAUCAAUGACAAGAGACAGAGCAGACUCCAGGUCAGAGAACUCCUGGAUAAGAUACAGCAAAUGGUGACGUCUAAUGGAGGAAAACACUACACCAGUGAGAUGUACCAGAGAGCCCAGGAGGAACUUGAGAAAGAGAGAAAGAAGAUGGAGGAGGAAAAGCGAAGAAGGAGGGAAGAGAGGGAAAGGAUCAAAGAGGAGAAAGAAUAUGCUGCUUGGUUGAAAAAGCUAGCUUAUGCUUCCUUGGGAGUUAUUGGGACAGCAGUAUUUAAUCCCUCAUAUGCUGCUGCCAUGACAAUCGGUGGAGCACUUGGACUAGUAAUUGCACAGUAAAUAUGUUCAUGUAGUUAUGGGGCCUUUGACAAAAAGACAAAAGAAGUAAUAAAUGAUUGCUGAGCUUGAAGCAAGUAAUUGCCUUUACUAAGAAUCCUGUCAGUGAAAUAUCAGUGUACAUGGUUAAUAUGUGAUGGUGUGUGAUAAAAACAUUUUCAAUGAA